CAAAUAACGUUCAAACCUAAAUGCUUCCGAUUUAAAGCUCUGAAAUUCCUAUAUAUAUUUCAAAUAUCGGAUUCGUCUGUAAUAGCUAUGGCAAAUAGACGAUUUCUGCUCUUUGCAAAAACUUCUUAGAAUACAAUAAAGGCACAUUUAUAUAAAUGCCGCAGAUUGUGAGAUAAUCAAUAGUAGCACUUGGGACGACACCAACGAACAUUAAGGCAAUUGGCAAAUUGAUUAAAUUACAGUAAAGAAAAUAUUAUUUUAUACAGUGUUCCAAUUAAGCAUGCUGCUAUUGACAUUUUUUGGGCUAUGGAUCGGAUUAACUGUUGCUCUCAAUGAAAUGGUUGAACAACCGAUAAAACAUCCUGAUUGCCCAUUGAUUGACGAUCCAAUGCAUCCUGUACAAUUGCCACACCCCAACGACUGCAGAAAGUACUAUACUUGCAAAAAUAGAUAUGCUUACGCAAUGUUAUGCGAGAAUGGGCUUCAAUGGAAUAUGCUGACAUAUCGCUGUGAUUUUCCCUCAGCUACAAAAUGUUCCACUCGCAUACCUGAUUCGAUAUACCCAACAAAUCCAACUGAAAGCAGCGCAUAUCCCACAUUGGAAAAAAUCUUUUUCACAAUAGAUUCUACAGACUGCAACAAGUUCUAUAAGUGCAUCCCAAUGCGUUGUCCUUCUUUUAUGUAUUGGAAUUCUUUACUAGAGCGCUGCGAUUUACCGCAAAAUGGGGACUGCAAAAAUACGCCACAGAUUUGGACACUGCCUCCAUACAUUGAUAAUUCAAUAGCAACUGCGGCAACACCUCCAACAGCAUCACAAGGGGAUCGAGGCCCACCUUCAUAUUAUCCGGAAUACGACACGGAUACCAACAAUUUCUUUCAUUUAUGCAAUACCCCCGGAGUUGAUUACGUGAGACAUCCUUUUGACUGUCAUAAAUUUAUACAAUGCGAUGGCUUUGCAACGGUACAAACCUGUGGGAACGGUCUUUUCUGGAACUCUGAAGUUAUGGCCUGUGAUCGUUACUGCAAAUAAGAUUAUUCGUAAGAAAAAAGCAAAAAUUACAAUAAAUUUAUCCCUUACAUAUUACAACAUGUCAGAUACGCUCAUACAGAUGUAUGUAAAGUAAUCAUUAAUAAUCACCUAAAUAUGUUUGAG